CUAAAAUGGAGGCAAAUAUUGAAAAGAAGAGAAUUAAGAGAUGUACAGUGAAUGGACCUGUAGAGACAGAGAAGGAUAGAGAGUCUUAUGUAGAAGAGGUGAGGAGGAAGAGGAAGAAGAGGCAGAUGAAGCAGAGGAGGAAGCAGAUGCUGGAAAUUGCUGGGAUGUUGGAAGGUAGGGAUUUGGGUGGUGAGAGGGGGAGGAAUGUUAGAGGGUUUGGGAAGGUGUAUGGGAAGUUGAGAGAGAUGGAUGCAAGUGAUUUAGAUGAUAUUAAGGAUAUUGAGAUUUAUCUUACAUUGUUAGGUAAGUUUACACUAAAUUUCUCGAAAGAAAAAAGAAGCUUCAAAAAGCUUUUUGUUGACAUAAAAUACAUAGACCUGAUCUCCUGUUUCGAGAGUAUUCUAGCCUCAAUCCCCAGUUCAAAGUACCCAAAAGAAUUCUGUUCAAUAUUUUGAAAAAUAGUGGACACCUUCAAAAUAUUCGUGUGCAAAGAGCACCAAGGAAUUAGCAACGAUUUCUUUGUAGAACAGUAUUAUCCCAAUAGGCAUAGAACUUUGGAACUGUGCUGUGAAGGGCUUAAGCAGGAGUAAUUAGU